ACUACUCACACCGUCAAAUCGAGAAAUUGUCAUUUCCUCACUACUGGAGAGAAACAAUGCUGAAUACAUUUCAAGUUCAUUACUCAGGAUGAGGUUACAUCAGUCAAUGAAAGGAUUUAAUCCAGCCAAUGAAGGAGGAGAUGGAGCAGAGAAAUAUCGAGUUCAUGCAGAGGAAAAAGGAAUUUGAGGAGCAGGAGAGACUGAAAAAGAAAGCAGAGGAGAGGAAGAAGUUCGAGGAGAGGAUGGCCGAGUUUGAGCGGGAGAGAGUAGCGGAACACGAGACAUUGAAGAAGAUCGAGGAAGAGAAAAUCCGAGAAAGACAGAAACUUAGAGAGGAGAGAGAGAGGCAGCUGGCAAAGGAAAGGGCAGAGAGAGAAAGGCUUGAUAUGGAGAAAGGAAAACAGAAGGACCUGGAGCUGAAACAGAAGAUGGAGAAAAUCAAGGAAUUAGAGAAGAAGCGCAUGCUGGAAGAAGAGAAACGCAGGCAGGAACUGAAGGAGCGCGAAAGAGCCAUACAGUCUAUAGUAAAUAAACACAACAUAGCUGCCCAUACUAUCAUCACGGGAUUACCAAAGCCCAAUCUCAAUUACAUGCUGACCAUCGAACAACCAAUCAACAGCCAGGAGAAAAUGCCCAAUCCAGACUCAUAUGAAAUGACGCCAGCUAAGACCUGUUUUCCGAAAAAGGUCUCUCUAGAAAGUUACGAUAUAUCUGAUCUGCAUUCAGACGACUCCACUGAUGAAGACGAGGCUCCGAAAAAUAAAGUCCCAACUUGGGCCCUAGGGGCAUCUCUAAAGGCUGCAUUAAUUCAACAACACUAUCAUCCACCGGAUUUGAAUAUUCUGUUCACAGAGAUUGAGCCACCUGAUCUCAAUGAACUGUUUGUCAAGAAAAAAGCUCGAUUCAACAAGAGGACAAGUUCUGCUAUAUGGAAUUCACCGAUUCUCAAGCCUGGCUUAAAUUAAAGAACUCUAGUGUUGACUCAAUAGAAAUCUUUAUUUAAAUUGACAAUGCAUCUCUGGUUGCAUUCAGAUUUGAUGAAACUUGCAGUAGAAUGAGUGGUAUUAUUUCACCUGAAAUGUGCGCACCAGAUAACUUGUGUGCUAUAGUUCACGUGCUGCUGCUAUAAGGUUUACGUGAGUUCACGUGCUGCCGCUAUAAGGUUUACGUGAGAGUGAUUUUAUUUCUGUGAAGCAUUCUCAUGUAAGUGAUUUCUACUUAACUGUGUCGUAUCUCAUCUCACUGUACAGUUUAUGCAUCAGUCUGCGGUUUGUCAUCACAUUUUCAUUGACAAGAAUUUUUUAGAUAUGAAAAAGGGAUAAUUAGAACUAACUAAUUUAGAUUAUAGCACCAGAUAUGUUUUCUCUCUCACUCGCCUUUCUCCCUGCUCUUUCUUUCUCCUUUACAAUAAAUUAUGUGAGAAUUCUUUAAUUUGUUUGAAAAUGUCAAAUGAUGGUGUUGCAAAAUCUACCAAAUUUAUUUGUAGGUAUUGUUGUGUAUAAACUUAGUUGUAUUGCUUUCCAACUUCUAUCAUUAUGGUUAAGUCAGACUUAUUUUGUGCAUAAGACCACACAAUUUAACAUUUUUUUUUGUUUAACAUAUUGUACACAAAUGCAUAUAACAAAUUAAGACUAGAAAAUAUUAAUGAAAAUUAAAUUCCAUGUUGAUUUUCAUCAUAUGAUGCAUGGAAUCCUGUGUAGAUACAGUAUAUUUAAGGAGAUCAUUGAUAAUUUUAUAUAUUGUGGACAGUGUUUCCUAUUAAAUACGUUUGAU